UCCCGGAGCUGCGGCGCACCCUGCCCGCGCCCCGCCUGCAGCCGGUCCCUCCGAGUGCCAGGCGCUGGAACUCGGGGAAAGCGGGCGGGGAGAGCUAUUUCCACAGGAACCUGGGGGCUGGGGCCGCCCCCUUGCCUGCCCGGCCCCAGGAGGGCUUUCUGGAAGAAACGGGGCCGCCUUUGCAAGCCGCGGCUGCUGCUGCGCCCUCGCGCCAGCCCCGGGCGCUCACGUGCCGGCACGUUCUUGGCGCGGCUCGGCUCCGCGCUCGGCCACAUCUGGCGACCAAAGAAUGUGUGGAGCCUUGCGUGGACCUCCCGUUCCUUCACGCUGCACAAGCUGUCUUUCUUCUCCCUACCCAGUCCACUCCGCAUCCUCCAGUCUCCUUGUAUUUCCCUCCCGGUGUUUAGGUGUGUGUGAAGCUUUGUGGCAAAAUUCGAGUCGCCUUUCUAGGCACGGCCCGUAAGCGGAGCUCCAGCCGCCGCUCCCCCUUCGCGCGUCCUGCGGCAGCUCGAGGCAUGGAGAAGGCCGGCCCCGCGGGGCGCUGAUCCCGCGCCGUGCCCGCGCCACGCGCCCCCCGCCGCCCCCGCACUUCCUUCCCCGCCCCGGCCCCGCCAUGACCGGCUCCGCCACCGACACUCACCGCUGCCCCCACGCGAAAGGCGCCAAAGGCACCCGGUCCCGGAGCAGCCACGCGCGGCCGGUGAGCCUCGCCACGAGUGGGGGCUCGGAGGAGGAGGACAAAGACGGCGGGGUGCUCUUCCACGUUAACAAGAGCGGCUUCCCCAUCGACAGCCACACCUGGGAGCGCAUGUGGAUGCAUGUGGCCAAGGUGCACCCCAAGGGGGGAGAAAUGGUGGGCGCCAUCAGGAACGCUGCCUUCUUGGCAAAGCCUUCAGUACCCCAGGUUCCAAACUACAGGCUGUCGAUGUCGAUCCCGGACUGGCUCCAGGCAAUUCAGAACUACAUGAAGACACUACAAUACAAUCAUACAGGGACCCAGUUCUUUGAAAUUAGGAAAAUGAGACCGCUGAGUGGGUUGAUGGAAACAGCAAAAGAAAUGACUCGAGAGUCCUUGCCUAUCAAAUGCCUUGAAGCUGUCAUCCUGGGCAUAUACUUAACCAAUGGACAGCCUUCCAUUGAGCGAUUCCCCAUCAGCUUUAAAACCUACUUCUCAGGAAACUACUUUCACCAUGUUGUGCUGGGGAUUUAUUGCAACGGCCGCUAUGGCUCGCUGGGCAUGAGCCGAAGGGCUGAGCUGAUGGACAAGCCGUUGACCUUUCGGACUCUGAGUGACCUCAUCUUUGACUUUGAAGACUCCUACAAGAAAUACCUGCACACAGUCAAGAAGGUCAAGAUUGGGCUGUACGUCCCCCAUGAGCCUCAUAGCUUCCAGCCCAUUGAGUGGAAGCAGCUGGUCCUUAAUGUCUCAAAGAUGUUGAGGGCUGAUAUAAGGAAGGAGCUGGAAAAAUAUGCCAGGGACAUGAGAAUGAAGAUCCUGAAACCUGCAAGUGCCCACUCUCCAACCCAAGUGAGAAGCCGAGGGAAAUCCCUGUCGCCCCGAAGGAGACAGGCAAGCCCCCCGAGACGGCUCGGCAGGCGAGACAAGUCGCCGGCACUGCCUGAAAAGAAAGUGGCUGACCUCAGCACUCUGAAUGAAGUGGGCUAUCAAAUCCGAAUUUAGGCAAGCCAUACCAGCCAGCAAGAGGGCUUCUCUGGUGCUUCUCUCUGCACUUUACCCAGCGUCUUCAGAAGGAACCGCAACUAUUUAUUAAGAGCUUGUGAAUUUUAUUUUUAAGGAUUCACUUGGAAAUAGGAUCUGAGUGGUGGUAACAAUUAACUUUAAAAAAAUUCAUGAAGGGGCAACCAUGAAAAGCCUAAAGGAAUAAACCCCACUGGGGUUGGACUGUCUCCCUUCCUCCAGAUAGGAGAAUACCGUAACUGUAGUUUCUAUUUUUCCAUUUACCUACUUUCUUUUACUUGCUUUGAACAUUAUGCCUCACCAGUAGUAAAUGUUCAUGAAAUCCUCUCUCCUACUUUUGAUAUGGUAAGGCAACUCAAUCAGUAUUAAUGUCUUUUUCAGCAAUAACAGAGGCAAAGAUUGGUGGGAUUUUUUUUAAGCAGUUAAUAUUACCUCAGCAUCUUGACAUCAGAUAUGCAAACUUAAUGGUGUUUUGUUUUUUUAUAUUCUAUUUGUAUUGUUUCCCCAAUAUUUCCCAUGGGGAUCUUCACAAAGUUUGGAAUUUUUUCCUGGUGCACACAUGUGAUGAGAUUUAAGGUAUUAUAUGCAAGUCUUUUACUAAAAAGCACUGAAAUUCUUCUGGCAAUACGGGAAACCAUUUUCAGGAUCUUGCAGUUACUUCUUUCUUAAUCUUUCUUAAAGCACUCACUGACAGCAAUUUUUAUUCCUUCAAAACAAAACAAAACAAAAAGCACGUUCGGAAGCUAGUCUAUGUUCUGUCACUAACAUUUAAACUUUGCAGACUCCAGCAAAAAGCACAAGAGGUCCCGCCCUAUUACACAAAUUGAGCUGUACUGCGAUUACCUCUGACAAAAACACACUCGGAAAGGCACAGGCCGGGAGUGAAUCAUUAGGUCUUGAGAACCAGAUAACCUUUCUGUUCACGUUUCAUCUGAUUUUUAACCCGAGUCUGGCCUUGAUUCUGAAGGAUGCACUGUUAGAGAUGUGUUCUGAUGUCUUAUAUUAAGACCAAAUGUGGCACGAUGUGGUUAUUUUCCAGUACCUUGCUUUUAGGUACCACUUCACGACAUUUACGAACUGGUAUUGGAAAAUGAAUUGAUUUAGAGAAGCAGAACCUUUUUUAAAUGGGAAAGUCUUCAGGUACAGUGUUACACCUUACAGUGGGAUUUAGUCCAUGAAGCAGUCUGAGUGUCUGGCCUGCAUAUGGUAGUUACGGUGUAACUUCUGGCUGCAGCCCACACAGAAUCACUCUAAUAGCAUCCCAAGUCUGUGUGUUAUCAACAUCAAGAGUACAGCUUCCGUUUCAUUUGUUUUAUCUUGGCAACCAUGCCAACUCAUGAGACCAAAAGGCAUAUUUAAGUGAAGUCUGCCAGUCAACAGAAGUACUGUUUCAGUCUCCGUGCUUCCCCUCUGGCUUUCUUUGAAGGUGAUUUUAGGAAGGGGGUAAAAAAAUCAAGAAUCUGUGCUGUGCUUUGAGGUUCUUUAUCAGUAAAACCUCUGAGGGUGACAUGGAAAGCAAAAGGACUUCAUCCUUCAGCCACGAGCUCACUUUACCCUAAAAAUCAGUGUUAUUAAAGGAAAGUACUGUUUUCUUGAAAAAGAAGAUCUGAUGUCCUUUACAUGAAAAGGACCAAGAAGUGAACAUCUCGGUAGACUAAACUACAGCGUAAGUUAAAAAUUCUGAACUGAAUCACUUUCUUUAAGAGUAGUAUUGUCAGUUAGCAGAGUUUAAAAUGAGUUAUCUUUGUUUAUCUUCACAAGGUAAAGCCAUCUGCAACCUCACGGGCACAUGUGUUUAGAUGUUUGGGGUAGUCAGUGAAUCAUUUCAUUCUUGUUCUAAAACAAUACUGACUCAGCUCGCUCUCUCUCUGAGAUAUAAGGCAUAUAUAGAUAUAUAUAUAUAUCUAUAUCUUCUCUUUAUCAAUCUGAAACUUUACUAUAUCCAACAGUAGACUACUUAUAACCUUGCAGCCAUUCUAAGAACUUGAAAUAUGAUUUUCCAAGUAUUACUUAAGUACUGUCCCAUCUAAAAUAUAGAAUGGCAAUCAUUGCAUAGCCUCUCAUUUCCCACAAAAAAGGGGAAAAGAUUAGGAAUACAAACUAUUUCUAAUAUGCUGAUGAAUAAGCCUUAAAACUGCCAACCGGCUUGAUGGUUCAGUUAGUAACCUGAUCUCUUCCACACUUACUCCUUGAUUUUAAGAUUCAUUUCCCCAAAGCAAGAGUUAGCCACAGAAACAUGACAGUUAAUUUAAAAUGUUCUUAGUUGUCAUUCUAUUUUUAUUGCCUAUCGAAUAUGCUAAUUUCUAAAAGAGAUGGAAAAGGCACCAAACUUCUAAAUUCUAGUGAAGUAAUUUAAUUAAAAAUAUUAAGGCAAGAAAAAAAACCCAUGACAUGAUAUACCCCCAAAAUUGAUUUAAAAACUGGCUAUAAUUCAAAAGAGAAAAAAAUAAAACUAUGAAAUGAUUUGAAAUCUAAUUUUUAAAAAAGUUAUUAAUCCAAGAGAAAUUUUAUGCUUAAGGCCUUUAAGGCAAUAUAUGCAAAGUUUAAAUGAAUGACAGAAAUCUUGAUUUUAGACUACACAUUGUGCUGUUUUGAGUACACUUUAUUUCAGAAAGUGAUAUUUAGUAUUUUCUAUACACUCUGAAAUCAUGAGCAUUUCACUUUUUCUAAGUCAAUUAUUUCAUAAGGAUUUUAUUAAUAGAUAUUGGUAAAUAGAACUUUGGAAAUCUUAAUUCAGUAUUCUUACUCUACCCAAGGCUUUUGUAAGCUAUAGUUUUAUGUACAACCUUGUACAGUUUUUUUGACAUACAGUUUCAAAUCUUGUUUAUUCUCUUGGACUUUGUUCUGGCCGAUACAUUUUUUUUAAAUCUUUAAGAAAAACUGUGAUUGUUUUAGUGGGUAUUUUUCUAAGUAAAUGAAAACUUGUAUAAUGGUAUUUUAGAGAAUGCCAGAUAAGUGCAUGUUUCAAGUUAAUGUUUUUCUCAUCACUUGUAUGUUUAUACACAGCAUGAGACUUUAAUAAAACCAUCCUGGAAACGUAAGGAUUGUUUUUCUUCUAAAAA